GUAUUUGGGUAGUUUGUUUGUUUGUUUGUUUUUGGUUUUUAGGGCAUUUUUUUCAGAAAUAAUGGAAUAUUUUUUGACAGGGUAACGAAAUUUCGGCCCAGAAAACGGCCUAAAAGACUGUUGGGAAUAGUAAAUUUAAUGUUAAAAUACAUGUUGAUAGUAUAAGUUUAUCUACCUGUUUAAAACGCAUUACGGGAGUCUGUUUACAAAAAACUUGUAACUAAUACGGUAGUAAAACCAAUGUAUUGCGUCAUAAAUAUUGCGAGACACGCUAGAUAAACAAUAUGCCAUCGAACUUUGGACCCUGGAUGAUAAUAAUACCCAUGCAUUUCCUAAUUUAUAGCACAGAUUACUGAGUGUGUGGCGGGGUGCAGAAGAGAGCAGGACAGUUAGAUCUACAUGUACACCUAUUUCCAUAAAUUGGGUGUCAUCGUCGUGUAUGAUGUCAUCAUCGUCCUCUCUUUUGCUUUUUAUUAACUGGUGUCACAUGUCUUAAUAAUAAAGUUGGAGAAAUAUCGAACCCAGUCUUAGAGUCUUUGGCGUUUAUUAAUAACGUUUUUUGUGGAUAAAUGGCCAAAGGUUACACUGGCGCAGACAUUUUCUUUAAAAAAAAUAUGGCAAGCCAGAAGAAAAAACUAAAAACUGAGGAGUUAUCUUCGAAACCGUUCACAAACAGUGGUGUAUAUGAUGAUGAAGUUACGCUUGUAUUUGGAGUCUUUGGAGAGAAGAAGUUGUUUGUUUCGCGCAAUUUUCUAUGCAUUGCCUCACCUGUAUUCGAGGCUAUGUUCACAAAUGACUUUAAAGUAAAGUAGCAGAAAAGUAUAAAGAUGACUGGGAAAAACUACAAUAACUUUCUUGAUUUUCUUUUGUGUCUUCAUCCGAGAAUUCAGAAACCAGUGGAAGUUUCAAAUGUUCAUUGCAUUGUUCCCUUUGCGGAAGAAUACCAAGUAACUUCGAUCGUUAAGAAAUGCAAGACCACCAUGAAUUCAAUAUUAUCAAAAGCUUUCGAAAAAGCAAGAUCAGGCAGAGGUAGUAUUACAUAUCAACUCGAAUCAGUAAGAGAUUGCUUCUACGUCUUGAAAUCUGCGGAUACUCUAAACUAUAAAGAUGUUGUAACUCUAGCUGUACAAACGAUAGCGAAAUUUGGAUAUUGCUGUUACAGCGAUGAGGAGGAUAUAGAUGUUGAGGGAAAGUUUUGGAGUCACCCGAAUUUACAGACAGCAGUUGGUCCAGAAAGCAAACAAACGUAUGGCGAUAUUCGUAAAGAAUGCGUUACUAUGUUCAAAAAACUCUCAUUAGAGCUGCGCUUUAAAAUUUUAUCCAAAAGACUGGUUCUCGUCAACGACGAUAGUUUAAAAUGAUAAGGAUAUUACAAUUAUGCACAGUCAUCAUCAUCAUACCAUCAUCAUCAUCAUCGUCAUCUUCGGUAAUCGCCUCUUUUAGAGCGAUUUGAGUAUGCUUGCGAUUUCAUAUUGCAUAAGAAUAAUUAAAUGUGGUUAUUUUAUUAUGUUCUGUUACAGGUGGUCAGUCACAUUUAGUAACAUUUUAUGACGUUUUUCAUUUAUAAUGUAUUAUGUUAGAGAUUUAUUUAAGGAACAAAAUGACCCAUUUCAUUGAGUUAGCAGGCGCGUAGCUGGGACAUUUUUCAUAGUACGCAGAGGUAAUGUGGGGGUCGGGGUAUCCUCCCCUUGAUUACUUUUUUUAAUGUGAGAACGCAAAUUGUGCAUUUUAGCGUAUAUUUGAAGCAUAAAUAUUGCACGAAUAAAUUGUUCUUUCUCAUUUGUUUUAAAGUAAAAUGUAUUGUUUUACUAGAUAUUCGUGUAAUAUCGCACAUGUAAACUGUGGUUCAUUUACAUGUGUGCAAGUAUUUAUUCAAAACAGAUGGUUCGUGAUAACACAUUUUCAAAAUAUUAUUAUGACUGGAUAUAUCAUUCAUGGGAUAUAUCUAUAAGUAAACAUUCAUGGAAUAUAUCUAUAAGUAUAUAUACGAUAGUUGUUUAAAGGAAUUCUGCUAUAACACAAGCUUUGCCAUCGUGUUUCCGCGCUUUACGUAUCGUGAAAAUCAAAAUGACGAUGGCGAAGCGCGAGAUCAUUAUGGCAAAGUGCGAAAUUAAGCAGUUUUCGAGGUUUCACCCUUAGCCGUCUUGAUUUCACGCUCUGCUUUCUCUGUGGAUAUGAGAAGCGCGAGACCACGACGGCAAAAUGGGAAAUCGCAAAAUUUUAGCAGUUUCGAGCUACGCCAUUCGUGUAUCAUCUGCACAUGUUUGCGAAGCGUGAAGAGCAAAAUAGCAGUGGCGAUGCCUGAGAUUACGAUGGCGAAGUGCGAAAUUAAGGAAAUUUUGAGAUUUUGUGUUUGUGAUAUCGUGCUUUGCCGUCAUGAUUUCGUGUUUCGCCAUCGUGAUCCAACGCUUAGCUUAUCACCUGUGCAUGAUGGAGAAGCACAAAACACAAAAUUAUGUUUGCGAAGAACACGACUGCAAUGGCCAAGUGUGAAAUUACUGAAAAUUCACAAUUUCGCACUUCGCUUUUGCGAUCUCGUACUUCGCUACUGUGAUUUCACGCUAGCAAAAUUAAUGUAUACAAGUUAACUUCAAAUAGAACGAACAUAGUUAUACUGAUUUUUCGGUAAAUUUUUGGUUAUAAGGAAUAAUUUAAAAUGCCCCUACAAUGUAAAAUAAAAUGGUUAUAGCAAACAUGGUUAUAGAAAUUAUCGAAUAUAAGGAACAUAUUUCCAUGCCCCAAUGUUAAAAUAUACAUUGAAAUAACACAUAUUAGGCUAUAGCGAACCAAAUAUAGUCCUUUUUAAGAAGUGUUAUACAAGGCUUGAACAUUAUAUAGCAUUGGGUAGACAUUGUACUAACAUAGUAACAACUAAGGGAAGUUAAUCUUUAAAAAAGAAAAAUUCUAAGUCCACACAAAAAUCCUUACCAAGUAGAGAUAGGUCAAAAUACUUCUCAAAAUUGGACGCAGCAUGCAUGUUGUACUACAGAAAAAAUGGUCUUGAUUUUUCGCUACGACCAGUAAUAAAAAGGUUAAAAAUUAAAGCCAUUUAUAGUAACAACAAAAGGAAGUAACUCUCAACUGGGGACCUGGUUCUUUAGCAUGACAUACUGGCUCAUGAUGGUGUACAAUUUAGCCAACUUGCAUCAAAAUCCCUCCAUGCAUGAAGAAGAAAUGCUCAGGACAAAGUCAUUCUUGUAUGUGAUAUUUGGCCUCUAUGUGUGACCUUGACCUUAGACCUAGGGACCUGGUUGUUGCGCAUGACACAUUGUCUAUCCAUGCUUAUUAUUUGUGUCAAAUUAUAUUGACCAUGCAUGUCAAAGUUAUGGACCGGACACGAAGACCACAUUAUCAGUAUAUACGUAGUGAAAAUUGGCUAAGUUCAAUCAAGGAUUGUUACCUUGACCUUUGAGCUAGUGAAAUGGUUUUGCGCAUGACAUAUUGUCUAUCCAUGGUCAUCAUUUAUAUGAAAGUAUUCUAAAAUCGUACUAUGCCUGUCAAAGGUAUGGCCCGAACACGCACACCACCCUUUCUCGAAUACACGAACGCACACAUACGCACGCACGCACACACGCACACACACACGCACGCACACGCACAAACACACAGGUGUAACACUAUAUGUUCCCCCAUUUUUUGGCAGGGGCAUAAAAUAGUGUUUAACUGGGUAAAAUCAUCAUCCAAUGUUACAUUUCGCAAUGGUCAAAUGUUUAGUAACAUUGUUGACAUAGAUCUAUAAUAUACAUUUACAUUUUACCCGGUCACCGUGGCCCAAUUGUUAAGGCGUCCGCCUCUGGAUCGGGAGGUCGAAGGUUCGGGCCCCAUGGGGAGCGUUCGUCCGGGGGAUGUUUGUCAUGGGACUCAUUCCGAAAUGGCCGGUUCGUGAGCCGCGAGCUAGUUAAAUGAAUGGUUACCGAUUUCUAUUCGCCUGGCGCAUGGCAUAGUGGUAGAAGUUGGGAGGUAAUUGGUACGCACAAUAAAAGGUGUCUCAUAAGUCAAAUUGGCUGACCCUUUUAAUAAGGGUGACACUAUAAUAAACAAGACCUUUACCUUUACAGCAUUGUAGUAAAAUUUUUGUCGACGGGUUAGAAAAUAAACUAUUAGAGACUGAAAUUGAUAAAUGGAAACAAUCAGUAACACGUGAUGAAUCAGCAAGAGGAAAAGGUUGUAAUAAAUUUAUUUAAACUAAUUUUGAAACUAUAUUUUGUCAUUAAGAGUUACUACCAUUUCACUUCCGUAGUGCUAUGGCAAAAUUUAGAUGUGGUGUAGCAUCCAUCAGAACAGAAAGAGAUAUGAAAAUUUAGACGUAAACGAACGAACUUGUUUCAAUUGUUCGAGCUGUACGGAAGAUGAAAAGACGAAAAACGUUUUACUAAAUUGUCCAUAAUAUUCAUCUGCAAGGGAGGAAUUGUAUACACAUACUAGAAGAAAUUUAAAUGAUUUUGAUGAUUUAUCUGAUGGUGAGAAAUAUUGUGUAUUAUUCACUGACACACUUACAGUUAUUAAUAUUACAAUUACAGCCAAAGCCUGUCUUAAUAUUUUAAAAUAUAAGAAAAGUAUUUUAUUGUAAAUAAUAUCAAUAAUAACUUAGCAUUGUCAGUUGUAGUUUAGGAAAAUGAUUUGAGGGAAUCUUGAAUCAAUCUGCAAAUAUACUAGUAUAUCAAAUCUGAUCUCAUACAACCUACAUAUUAUAUAAGAUUAUUAAAUAACAAUACUUUGGUAAUUAUUUUCUAUUAUUUUCUAUUUCAUGUCUUAAAGCAGUUUUAACUUUAUUUGAUCACAGAUAGACUCAACAUUUCCCUACAGCAUCUAUCUGCAGGUAUUCAAAGAUGGAUUCACAGUUUCCUCAUGCUUUUUAUGUAAGAAAACCUUUUGAGGUUAUACCAACUUAUAACGAUUUUAAUUUUUUAUGUCAGUGACUUAGUCAUCAUACUACAAUUAGGUUUUAGAAUAUGUAAAUGUAUAAAACUAGUGUAUAUAUCAAAUUGUGUCUAAUAUUUCUGUAUAGAAAGGCAUACGUAUUUUAAAAUUAUUUCAAUAAUGUUAUCAUGCUGUUAGUAUGAAGAGACUGCAUUUUUGUAUUUGACUUGACUUGACUUCAUUUUGCAAAAUGCACAGCAAUAUAACUGCAUGCGCCGUUACAAACGCACAUUAUGACCUUUGUUUGACUAAGUAGAUUGUGAUAAAAUUAAAUUACCAUACGUUUGACAAAAAAUGAAAAAGUAUUGUUUACAUCUUUUGGAUAAUCUGCUAUAACUGCAUGAUGCAAUGUUCAAGAAGGCUUACGAGGAACGUGUACUAUAAUCUCGUUUACUUACUCUAUGUAUUCAACAAAGAUAACUUUGUUUCGUAAUUUCACCCGCUUUGAAAUGAACGAAGGUUCGGGGGUUCUCCCCCGACAAUUUUUAAAACUAAUGCUCACAAACUGUGAAUUAUAGUGUAUUUUUUCGUUUUUAGUAACGAGUUAAGACUUCUAUCACAACAAAACAUUCUUCACUUGAUCAGCUUAAAGACGUCACCUCUUUUAGACAAACUUCCAUAACUACAGAUAUUUCAAACUACCUGGAACCAGUGAUCUUAAAAUAAAGGAGAUGGAUUUUUUAGGGGAAAGGGGUUGGGAGUUGGAAGUUUUAGGAAUAUAACGGUGUACGAAUUCAAACAAUUAUAAUGAAAAAGUUUUCAUUAAUAAAGAUGCUUAGAGUAAUAAUUAUAAUAAAUUUAAUAUCACAAUAUGAACAUUUAAAACUAUUGCACCAUUUUAUUUUAUCUUCGAAAAAGUUUCUAGAAAUCUAACCAAUUUUAAGCUGAUUCGAGGAUGUUUUAUAAGAUAAAAAAAAAUCUCUUAAGAUUCUUGAAAUGACAGUUUAGUCAUGUUGACACAAACAAAAGACUUUAACUAUCGAUCUAACAUCUGAACUGAUAAACCACAUAUGCCAAUGCCUGUUUAAUUUUCUGUUUAUAUAUGUGUGUUUGUAAGGAAAUAGCUCAACAGCUAAUGCUCAUUUGUUACAUUGUAUCCCACUGUAAAUGUUUGGCUUCUAACUGUAUGAUGUACGGAACAGAGGUGCUGAUGGUAUUUUUCAGUAAUAUCUUAUAAAAAUAUUUGAUGAAAUUCACUGCAUGCGUUAAAAACUCACGGUACUGUUCGAAGCUUUGAAUAAUUAUGGCAUUUGGAAACUAGUUUUCAAAAAUUUGAUUAUACAUGAAGUGGGUUUGUAUAGACCCCCGGCUCUAUUGACUAGUAACCAGUUCGUUGUUGAAUUCUUUGAAUUCGAAAACAUUUUACCACAUUAUGACAAUUUACUUAUAACGGGUGAUUUCAAUCUGUAUAUUAACGGUGACAAUAGUUCUAUUAAAGACAUAAAGGACUCCCUAGUAAUAGUGAGCCUGGAACAACAUGUUCCAAAGUGUUAUUAUAAUAAUAACUAUUAUUAUUAUUAUUAUGUAGACUUCCACCUACUCUUAACUUUAACCCAGAAUGUAUCGUAUAUUACGAAUAAGUACUAAAAUGUAAAAAACUAAUACAAUCGCAUUUUUUUCACAACUUUUUAUUUUAGAUUUUUGUUUCUAGUUGUUUGUUUUCGAUUGUGAUGAUUAUGUGAUUGGAAAAGUGAGUGAUGUAGCUAGCUUCUGAACUUCAUUAGUAUUUUAACUAUUGUAGUCGUCGUUUUGUAUUACAUACUAACGAACAUAUGUUAUAGAUUGCCGAAAAAUUGUAAUAGGCUGUUAUAAUGUACAUAUUACUUUUGAUUACAUUAUGUUUUCAACCCCAAAUUUUCAAUCGAAAAAGCAGUAUCGCUCAUGUACGUACAUUUUCUUCUUUUAUUUUUAUUGUUGUGGACAAACAUUUGCAUUUUUGAACUUGGAUGUUUUUACGAUGUACGCUUCAAUGGAACGCCGAUGCGCAAAAUCUCGGUGAACUAUGGCUUUGUAUUUGAUAAUGGUUAAUAUUUAUCUAAAUGUUUGAAUUAGCUAUGUGCCAUCGAGUUGCAAUCGGUCAUUUCUAUUGCAAAGCAUAUUGUAGUGGUUUCCUCAAGAGAAACUGUUCCGUCAUAGAAAUAAACAUACCUCUUCUCUACUUGUUAUUUCAGUUGCGUGCUUUAAUGCAUAAAACAAUGAAAUGUUUGAAAUGCUUUCAAUGUUCUCAAAUGCAAAAUGCCGAUUUUCACUUUAUAAUAUUAAUAAUCUUAGCGCAACACAUGGAUAUUGAAACUAAUCCUGGGCUGUUAAAUCUUAUGUCAAUUUUUCAUUGGAAUGCUAGAAGUGUAAGGAAUAAACUAGACUAUUUGGAGGAUAUAGCAGGUGAAUACAAUUACAUUUGUAUUACUGAAACGCAUUUAGACGAAACAGUUCUAAACGUAGACUUAGAAAUAUCUGGAUUUUUCCAGCCGUUCAGGAAAGAUAGAUAUUUUGCCGGAGGCGGAGUUUUAGUGUAUGUCUCUGAGUUGUUAAAAAGCCGAAGGAGGAAAGAUCUAGAAUUCCUGGGAGGUGAAGUGAUAUGGGUCGAAUUAACGAUUAAACAUUUUACUCUUCUAAUAUGUAAUAUAUAUAUAGACCACCAAAUAGUCCUGAUAACUUCUGGUAUAAUUUACAAUACUCAUUUGAAAAAGCUUUAGAUGUUAGUAACAAUAUAGUUGUGGUUGGUGAUAUCAAUGUUGAUUUAUUAGAUGUCCCAAGAUUUCAUAUUCUUACUGAUAUCAUGUUACGUUAUAAUUUACGAAAUGUUAUUACUGAACCUACACGUGUCUGUAAUACUCGUAAUAGUUUGUUAGAUCCUAUUUUGUUAACUGAUUCAUGUUUAUGUAACGAAGCCUCAGUUAUAAAAACAAACUUAGGCUAUAGUGACCAUUAUGCAUGUUUAGCAUAUGUUGAUAUACCCAUUUCAUUAUCUACCACAUAUAAAAGAGAAGUUUGGCUAUAUAAACACGCUGAUUUUGACGAAUUUAACAGAUUAAUUGAAGCAUUUGAUUGGCACACGUAUCUGCUCUUCCAAGAUAGUAAUAUUGAUAUAGCUUGUCAAAAGUUUACGGAGAAAUUCUUAAGUUUCGCCCGAUUAUGCAUACCAACAAAAUUUGUAACAAUUAGACCAAAUGAUAAACCAUGGAUGACCUCUGAACUGAGGAAAGAAAUACAUUUGCGAAAUAAACUCCAUAAAAAAGCCAGACAUUCUCAAUCGCCAAAUGACAUUCUUAUUUUUAAAAAUCAGAGAAAUAAAGUAAACAAUAUGAAACAGUAUGCUAGACAAAACUUUUUUGAAAAUGUUAACGGAAUUAUUGACAAUUUUAUGACAAAUGAUCCAAAGUCAUAUUGGAAACUUAUAGGUAAAUUAACAAAAACCUCUGGUAAAACAGGCCGUAUACCUCCUCUAAUUGACAGCAACAGUUCAGAGGUAAUAGUUGAUGAUAAGUGUAAAGCAUCAUUGUUAAACAAUUAUUUUUGUUCUAUAUCUACUAUUAACGAUAAUGAUAAAAAUGUUCCAGUUUUUGAAAAAAGAACAAAUGCUACAUUUAGUGAUUUAGAGGUUUCAUCUGACGAAAUAUGUGAUGUUUUGAAAAACUUAAAGCUAGGAAAGGCCUCAGGAAAGGAUACGAUUAGUCACCAAAUGUUAAGAGGCACUAAAUUUACAGUAUGCAAACCCCUUAAGAUAUUGUUCAAUUUUUCAUUACUAACACAAAUGUUUCCAAAACAGUGGAAAGAAUCUAUAGUUUUACCUCUUUACAAAAAAGGCGAUAGACAUGAUGUUACCAAUUACCGGCCAAUUUAACUUCUAUCUUGCGUUGGAAAAGUGUUUGAAAGAGUAAUAUUCAAACAUUUACACAAUUAUUUUGUAAGAAACGAUUUAUUUUACAAAUACCAGUCAGGAUUUAUGCCAUCUCACAGCACAGUAUAUCAGCUUAUUGAAAUUUAUGAUAAUAUUUGUCAGUCUCUUGAAAAGAGAGAACAUACAUGUUUAAUAUUUUGUGACAUAUCAAAGGCUUUUGAUAGAGUUUGGCAUCGUGGAUUAAUGACAAAACUGAAAGCAUAUGGACUCAGUGGAAAUUUAUUUAACUGGUUACGUGAUUAUAUUUCUAAUAGGGAGCAAUGUGUAUUACUAAAUAAUAUGACAUCAUCCGUAGGUAAAAUAAAUGCUGGAGUCCCUCAAGGAUCAGUGCUUGGACCUCUUUUGUUUUUAAUUUUCAUGAAUGAUAUUGCUGAUGAUAUCCAAAGUCUAACUAGGUUGUUUGCUGACGAUACUUCCUUGUCUUACUCUUCCACUUCAUCAGUUGAUAUUCAAGAAAAUAUUAAUUCAGAUUUACAGAAACUUAAAAUAUGGCCAGACAGCUGGUUGACAAAUUUUAAUCCUAAUAAAACAGAAAUGUUGUUCAUAACAAAUUCCAUGCAAAGACAAAAUAUUUCGCUCAAAUUUGGCAAUGUUGAACUCAGCGCAACAGACCAUCACAAACAUCUUGGAGUCACAAUCUCAUCCGAUGCAAAGUGGGCUUGUCAUGUUGAAAAUAUCUAUACAUCUUGCAUGAAGAAAGUGGGUGUCUUAAGAAAGUUAAAAUAUAUUUUGAAUAGAAAAACUCUUCUUAGAUUGUAUAAUUGUUUUAUUCUUCCGGUUUUAGAGUAUGCUUCAGAGGUAUAGGAUGGCUGCUCUCUCGAAAGUAGUAACUUACUAGAAUCAGUUCAGUUAGAAAUGGCUAGAAUUGCAUGUGGUUUGCCAAUAUUUUGUAGUAAAGAUGCACUUUAUUUUGAAUCAGGCUUUGAGCCACUUUCUAUUAGACGAGAAAAGCGUAAACUUUGUACUUUCUAUAAGAUGCAUAACAACCUUGUACCCACCUAUUUAAUAGAAUUACUCCCUAGUCAAGUAAGAGAUUCUGUUGCUUAUCCCUUAAGAAAUAGCGAAGAUUAUAUUUUACCGAAUAACAGACUGACAUUAAGUAAUAAAUCCUUUAUACCGUCUUCAAUUAGGCUAUGGAAUAAUUUAGAAAUUGAUUGUAGACGCAAACCUACCUUAUCUUCCUUUAAAACUUCUAUUAAUACUGUUAAAAAUGAUGUACCUCCAUUUUAUCUUACUGGAGAAAGGAAAAGUAACAUAUGGCAUACACGUUUAAGACAUCAUUGUAGUAGUUUAAAUUAUGAUUUAUAUAGAGUCAAUAUUAUAGACGAUCCGUCGUGCAUAUGUGGUAAUCCUUGUGAAAAUGCUUGUCAUUAUUUCUUUGAAUGUUGUUUGUAUGAUGAUGAAAGAUUUACUCUCAUGAGAAGUUUGUCUAUGUAUGAUAUAUCACUUGAUUUGUUAUUGUUCGGUUGUGAAACUCUCUCUCUUGAGGAAAACUCAUAUAUCUUCCAAACAGUGCAUCGUUUUUUGAA